ACCGUAAUAUCACAUUAUUGUUUCAUUUUAUUACCAGCUCUCGUGCAGUUAAGUCGAUUAUUUAAGAAAAUAUGCUACAAGAUCUGGAUAUACGAAAUAAAUUAAGGAUGGAUUCCUUGGAAUUAGUUUCAUCAAACAAAAUUUUUGGCGGAUUACAAAAAGUAUACACUCAUGAAUCUGCUGAAUUAAAAUGUAAAAUGAACUUUUCUAUUUAUUUACCACCACAAGCUGAGGGAGGGGAUGUGAAAUUGCCUGUUAUCUUUUACUUGUCUGGCCUCACCUGCACUGAACAGAAUUUUAUUACCAAGUCUGGCUUCCAAAGAUAUGCAGCUGAGCAUGGCAUUAUUGUGGUUGGACCGGACACUUCUCCUAGAGGAGUUAAAAUCCCUGGUGAUGAUGAAUCAUGGGAUUUUGGUGUUUCUGCUGGAUUUUAUCUGGAUGCAACUAAGGAGCCAUGGUCAAAUAACUACAGAAUGGGUAGUUACUUGAACAAAGAGCUGUAUGAUUUGAUACUAAAAGCUUUUGAUAAUGUAGUUGAUCCUGGCAGGAUUGGAAUUAUGGGACACAGCAUGGGAGGUCAUGGUGCCCUUGUAUCCACUUUACGAAACCCAGGGCUGUACAAGUCAGUUAGUGCUUUUGCACCCAUCUGCAACCCCACUGCCUGUCCUUGGGGAGUUAAAGCCUUUACUGGAUAUCUUGGAGAUGAUGAGAACAAGUGGAAGGAGUGGGAUGCCACUGAGUUGGUUAAGAAAUAUGAGGGACCACCACUAACUCUGUUUUUGGAUCAGGGCGCAGCUGAUAAGUUUUACAUUGAAAAGCAAUUACUGCCUGAAAACUUGGUAAAGGCUUGCAGGUCUGUAGAAGUCCCUGUCAUCCUGAAUUUGCGUGAAGGCUAUGAUCACUCCUACUACUAUAUAUCUACCUACAUCGGUGAACAUUUUGAUUUCCAUGCUAAAAUCUUAAAAGCUUAAUUGUUCUAAUUUGCAAUCAUUUUUAUUGCAUUUUUUUAAAUGUGGCAUUUCCGUUUUAUUUACUCAUUUGU